AUUGUUUUUCCGCAGCACAAUUGCAAUUUGCAAGUGUACAUUUUCAGUUGCUGACUCUCACUGUGAGCCACGUAUGCGGAACGUGGCACAUUCUUAGGUCCCCUAAGCUAUAGCAAAGAAAACAGCGAAAGAAGCACCGUUGGCACCUUCAAUCGCUACGCCUGAAUUCAGUUUUCUCAGAGGCAUAUUGUCAAACACUUUAUAUGCACAGGACAUACAUCGCUGGGCAAGGUUAUGUGAACACUCAAAAUUGCCGAUGAGGAGUACCAUUUCAUGCCUUAACCGACGGCGUCUUGCAGUCCUGUCCCCAACUCUGCGUUUUGGCUGCUCAUUUGAGACUUCUUGGUGCGAAUACUCAUCCAGUAGGUUUCCUGAGGUUAUUCCAGCUGGAAACCAUGGCAAUUUUGUGUCAACCCCAAAAUACUUUUCUACUGGUUUUUCCAGUGUGCAUGGAGAAAGGCCAACUGCUGAGUAUGCUAGGUUGAGGAAGGAAUCACUAGAAAGCGAAUUUGGACAUGCACUUACUUAUAAGUCGAAAAGCCUUUCAUCAUUAUAUCGUUUUGGCCCAUUCAUGGCUUUGUACAGAGCAGCCAUUAUUUCAUUCUAUGUGUUGAAGCUAACUGUUUGGCGCUUAUUUGUCCAUGACUUAAGAAGACGUGCUGUUAAGUUCCGUGAAACUCUUAUCGACUUGGGUCCUUUCUACAUAAAGCUGGGACAAGCUUUAAGUACAAGGCCGGACAUAUUACCAAAAGUGUAUUGUCAAGAACUUGCAAAGUUACAGGAUCAAAUCCCCCCAUUUCCAACUCAUCUUGCAAGAAGAUCUAUUGAGUCCCAGUUGGGUGUUCGCGUUUCACAAGUAUUUGCUGACAUUAGCAAGGAGCCAAUUGCUGCAGCAUCUCUUGGCCAAGUAUAUAAAGCUCAUUUGCAUUCUGGAGAGCUGGUGGCUGUUAAGGUCCAGAGGCCUCAUAUGUCACAUUUACUGACACUGGACGCUAUGUUAUUUCAUAUGAUUGGUGGCCAACUAAAAAGAUUUGCAAAAGCUCGUAAGGAUCUGUUGGUAGCUGUCAAUGAGAUGGUGAGACACAUGUUCGAAGAAAUUGACUACAUCCUGGAAGCACAAAAUGCCGAAAGAUUCGCAUCUCUUUAUGCAUGUAGUAGUAAAGAGAAAACUGUCCCAGGGAGUGCAGUAACUGAUAAUGUCGGGUGUCAGAAAACUGUUGGUAUCAAGGUCCCUAAAAUAUACUGGAACUUUACCCGUAAGGAGGUGCUUACGAUGGAGUGGAUAGAUGGGAUUAAGCUGACAGAUGAAAGUCGAAUGAGGAAGGCAAACCUAAAUAGGAGGAGACUUGUUGACCAGGGGUUAUACUGCUCAUUGAGGCAGUUGCUUGAGGUGGGGUUUUUCCAUGCUGAUCCUCAUCCUGGGAACCUAGUUGCUACUGAGGAUGGAUCUCUUGCCUAUUUUGAUUUUGGCAUGAUGGGAGACAUUCCACGUCACUAUCGUGUUGGACUUAUUAAAGUGCUUGUUCACUUUGUUAAUCGAGACUCUCUGGGUUUAGCAAAUGACUUUCUUUCGCUGGGAUUUCUACCUGAUGGAGUAGACAUUCAAUCUGUUUCAGAAGCUUUGCGAACGUCCUUUGGUGAUGGAACCAGACAAUCCCAAGAUUUCCAGGGCAUAAUGAAUCAAUUGUAUGAUGUGAUGUACGACUUCAACUUUUCUCUUCCUCCUGACUAUGCUUUGGUGAUACGAGCGCUUGGAUCUCUUGAAGGAACAGCAAAAGCAUUGGAUCCAGAUUUCAAAGUUGUUGAAAGUGCAUAUCCUUUUGUUAUCGGAAGACUCUUGGUAGAUCCAACUCCUGAUAUGAGGAGAAUAUUGAGAGAGCUUCUCAUCCGUAAUGAUGGUUCUAUGAGAUGGAAUCGUCUAGAGAGACUGAUUGCAGCAAUAUCUCAGCAGGCUUCUGAAACAGAAGGAGAAACUCAGGAGAGUUACUCGGAUCCAUUGGGAUCAUUCGAUAUACGGGCUGUAGUCUCUGCAACAGAAGACCUUUUCCAAUUUAUUUUGUCAGACAAGGGUUCAAGAGUCCGUGUAUUCCUUGUCAGAGACAUAGUUAAAGCAGCUGAUGUUUUCUAUCAAGAUGAAUUUCUAAAUAAUCUUCUUGAUGAGAAGCUUAGAGCGAGACGUUUAUUUGGAUAUGAGGAACAUGGUAUUCUAGUUAGGGUGGUGAGUGGGUUUCAUUCCCUAGGACGUGCAGUGAAAUUAGCUCCGGAUUUGUGGUCAGCAAUGCUGAUUCGCUUGGUGGUGAAGCCAGAGUUCCAAAAAUUUGCUUGCGACAUAAGUUCAGCAUUGAUCAGUCACUUCAAGUAUCACCUUCCAGUCAGCUUUUGGAUGGGUAUUUCUCGGCUACUGCAUAGUGUGGUUGAUAAAGACGAAGAUGAAGUAAUGUAGCAAGGUCGGUGCUCUC